AUGGUCGGUGAACAGGCGGAGCAGACAGAACAGACAGAACAGGCUGAGCUGACAGAACAGGCAGAACAGGCAGAACAGGCGGAGCAGACAGAACAGGCGGAGCAGACAGAACAGACAGAACAGGCAGAACAGGCGGAGCAGACAGAACAGACAGAACAGGCAGAACAGGCGGAGCAGACAGAACAGGCAGAAAAGGCGGAACAGACAAAACAGGCGGAGCAGACAGAACAGGCGGAGCAGACGGAACAGACAACAGGCGGAGCAGACGGAACAGGCGGAGCAGAGGGAACAGACAGAACAGGCACAGAACAGGCAGAACAAGCGGAGCAGACAGAACAGACAGAACAGGCAGAACAGGCGGAGCAGACAGAACAGGCAGAAAAGGCGGAACAGACAAAACAGGCGGAGCAGACAGAACAGGCGGAGCAGACGGAACAGACAACAGGCGGAGCAGACGGAACAGGCGGAGCAGAGGGAACAGACAGAACAGGCGCAGAACAAGCGGAACAGACAGAACAGGCGCAGCAGAGUGAACAGGCGGAGCAGACAGAACAGGCAGAACAGACAGAACAGACAGAACAGGCGGAGCUGACAGAACAGGCGGUGCUGACAGAACAGACAGAACAGGCGGAGCUGACAGAACAGACAGAACAGGCGGAGCAGACAGAACAGGCGGAGCAGACAGAACAGGCGGAGCAGACAGAACAGGCGCAGCAGAGAGAACAGGCGGAGCUGACAGAACAGGCGGAGCUGACAGAACAGGCAGAACAGGCGGAGCUGACAGAACAGACGGAACAGGCGGAGCAGACAGAACAGGCGGAGCAGACAGAACAGGCGGAGCAGACAGAACAGGCGCAGCAGAGAGAACAGGCGGAGCUGACAGAACAGGCAGAACAGGCGGAGCUGACAGAACGGGCAGAACAGACGGAGCUGACAGAACAGGCAGAACAGACAGAACAGGCAGAACAGACAGAACAGGCGGAGCCAACACAACAGGCAGAACAGGCGGAGCUGACAGAACAGUUGGAGCAGACACAACAAACAGAACAGGCAGAACAGGAGAAACUGACAGAACAGGCAGAACAGGCGGAGCUGGCAGAACAGGCAGAACAGGCGGAGCUGGCACAACAGGCAGAACAGGCGGAGCUGACAGAACAGGCAGAACAGGCGAAAUUGACAGAACAGGCAGAACAGACAGAACAGGCGGAGCUGACAGAACAGGCGAAAUUGACAGAACAGGCGAAAUUGACAGAAGCUGACGCGGAGCUGACAGAGCAGGCAGAACAGACAGACAGAGCAGAGCUGACAGAGCAGGCAGAACAGGCGGAGCUGACAGAACAGGCAGAACAGACAGAACAGGUGGAGCUGACAGAACAGGCAGAACAGGCGGAGCUGACAUGGCAGGCAGAACAGGCGGAGCUGACAGAACAGGCAGAACAGGCGGAGCUGACAGAACAGGUAGAACAGGCGGAGCUGACAGAACAGGCAGAACAGACAGAACAGGCAGAACAGACAGAACAGUUGAAGAGCUCUGCGCGGGUCCGUGUCAGAAUAGGUCCCCGGUACCACGGGGUUGUCUGGAGAACUGUCUAA